AUGCAGUCAAACAUGACUUCUUCAGCGAUGGAAGGCUCUACGAAGAGGAAGCAAGAAGAGGAAAAUCUAGAAAGUUUGAAUGUGGUUCCUAAGAGACAAGUGAUUGUCCCUACAAAGAAACCACAAGUUCAUUACAUACCGUUGAAGACGGGUCUCUGUUAUGACGUGAGAAUGAGAUACCAUGCAAAGAUCUUCACGUCAUAUUUCGAAUACAUAGAUCCUCAUCCAGAGGAUCCUCGAAGAAUCUAUCGUAUCUACAAGAUCCUCGCGGAAAACGGUCUCAUUAAUGAUACUAUGUUAAGUGGUGUUGAUGAUAUUGGUGAUAUUAUGCUAAAGAUCCCCGUCAGGGAAGCCACUGCUGAUGAAAUCCUAGAAGUUCAUUCCCGUGAACAUUUAGAAUUUCUGGAAAGCACAACGACAAUGAAUAGGGAAGUUUUACUGAAGGAAACUGAGAAAGGUGAUUCCGUAUAUUUUAAUAACGAUUCCUACAUGAGCGCUAAGUUAUCCUGUGGGGGCGCAAUCGAAGCUUGCAAAGCUGUUGUUGAAGGUAAAGUCAAGAAUGCAUUGGCAGUAGUCAGACCUCCGGGACAUCACUCUGAACCAGAAUCAUCUGGUGGGUUUUGUCUUUUCAGUAACGUAGCUGUUGCUGCUAAAAAUAUCCUAAAAAAUUAUCCUGAAAGUGUAAGAAAAAUAAUGAUCUUAGAUUGGGAUAUUCACCAUGGUAACGGUACUCAAAAGGCUUUCUAUCAAGAUGAGAGAGUCUUAUACGUUUCCCUGCAUAGGUUCGAAGCAGGUAAGUACUAUCCUGGCACGGUCCAAGGCCAAUACGACCAAUGCGGUGAAGGUAAAGGUGAAGGUUUCAAUUGUAAUAUUACUUGGCCCACCGGUGGUGUUGGUGAUGCAGAAUAUAUGUGGGCAUUUGAACAAAUCGUCAUGCCAAUGGGAAGAGAGUUUCAACCAGAUUUGGUGAUUAUAUCUUCAGGAUUUGACGCAGCUGAUGGUGAUGUCAUCGGUCAGUGUCAUGUUACUCCAAGUUGCUAUGGUCAUAUGACACAUAUGUUGAAGUCUUUAGCAAGAGGUAACCUUGUUGUGGUUCUUGAAGGUGGUUAUAAUUUAGAUUCUAUUGCAAUUAGUGCAUUAAGCGUGGCCAAGACGUUGAUUGGUGAACCACCUGAUGAACUUCCGGACCCAUUGAAGGAUCCCAAACCAGAGGCCCUGGAAAUGAUUUAUAAAGUUAUAAAAAUCCAAAGUAAAUACUGGAAAUGUUUCAAACGGAGACAUGGUAAUUAUAACAUAAAUUUCAGUGAAGUCGCUAGUGAUACGCUCGCAACGAAAACUUUCCCAUUACAAACAGCUAUACGUCAACAGCAAUAUUACAACCUUUUCAAAGAAUAUGACUUCGUUAAGUUUCCCACAGCAAACCUUAAGCUACCGGAUGAUUUGAUUCUUUGUUCUCCAAAUAUUCAUACAGCAGAAACUGUAAUAAUCAUAGUCCAUGAUACGCCUCAAAUAUGGCUUGAAAAAGAUAUAAUAUCAAAUACUGUUGAUCCAUGUUCUUCCAUAAUCAUAGACUCCACUCUCGAUUUUCUCAAAUGGGCCCACAAUAGGAAAUACGGUAUAAUUGACGUCAAUAUACCGCAGUCACUAAUAUACGGUGACGAAAAUCCAGAUAAUUAUUCGUCCUUGAUCAAUGCUCAAGAAAUUUUACUCUUCCUAUGGGAUAAUCAUAUUAAGUUUCUCAACGAAGUGAACAAGAUUGCAUUUAUUGGUGUUGGUGAUUCAGUUUCAGGCGUGGUACACUUGUUAGGUCAUAGAGACACCAAGGAAAGAGUAAAAGCCGUAAUCAAUUUUAUGGCUGAUAAACAACUGAAACCGCUGGUUCCAUUAGUGGACGAAUCAUUAAGCGAUUGGUACUUUAAGAAUUCUCUGGUCUUUUCAAAUAGAACACAUCCUUGUUGGGGUGAUAAAGAAAACAAAAAACCAAGAAAGAAAUACGGUAGAGUAUUAAGGUGCGAUACUGAUGGAUUGAAUAGUACCAUCGAGGAAAGAUUUGACGAAGCCACUGAUUUUAUACUGGAUUCUUUUGAAGAAUGGAGCGAUAGUGAAUAA